GGGGUAUCCCCUGACAUGAUGAAGCUCAUCAUAGAAUAUGCAUAUACACGGACAGUCCCAGUCACUGUGGAAAAUGUUGAGAGACUCCUGGCUGCUGCAGACCAGUUCAAUGUCCUGGGAAUUGUCAGAGCUUGUUGUGAAUUCCUUGAAUCUCAGUUAUGCCUUGAAAACUGCAUCGGGAUCUGCAAAUUUGCAGACUACUACUUCUGCCCAGAGCUCCGACACAAAGCCUACAUGUAUAUCCUGCACCAUUUUGAGGAGAUAGUGAAGGUGAGUGAGGAGUUCCUAGAGCUGUCAGCCUUUGAGCUCAGAGACAUCAUUGAGAAGGAUGAGUUGAAUGUGAAACAAGAAGAUGUAGUAUUUGAUGCCAUUCUCAAGUGGAUUGCCCAAGACCCAGACAUCAGGAAAAAGUGCAUUGUCAUACUGCUGCCCAAGGUCAGGCUGGCUCUGAUGAACGCCGAGUAUUUCAUGAAUAACGUGAAGAACAACGAUUAUGUGAAGGAUAACGAUGACUGUAAGCCCAUCAUCAUUAACGCGCUGAAGGCCAUGUACGACCUAAACAUGAACGGACCGUCCAACUCGGAUUUCCGAAACCCGCUGACCAGACCCCGGCUGCCGUACUCCAUCCUGUUCGCCAUCGGCGGCUGGAGUGGGGGCAGUCCCACCAACGCUAUCGAGGCUUACGACGCCCGGGCGGACCGCUGGGUCAAUGUAACGUGUGAGGAGGAGAGCCCCCGGGCAUAUCACGGAGCCGCCUACCUGAACGGCUUCGUCUACAUCAUCGGCGGCUUCGACAGCGUCGACUAUUUCAACAGCGUCAAGCGCUUCGACCCGGUCAAGAAGACGUGGCAGCAGGUCGCCCCCAUGCACUCCCGCCGCUGCUAUGUCAGCGUCACCGUGCUCGACAGCUUCAUCUACGCCAUGGGCGGCUUCGAUGGCUACGUCCGCCUCAACACCGCCGAGCGGUACGAGCCCGAGACCAACCAGUGGACGCUCAUCGCCCCCAUGCACGAACAGCGGAGCGAUGCCAGCGCUACCACCCUCCACGGCAAGGUUUACAUUUGCGGAGGAUUCAAUGGUAAUGAGUGCUUGUUCACAGCCGAAUUCUACACUCCUGAAACUAACCAAUGGACGACCAUAGCACCCAUGAGGAGCAGGCGUAGCGGCGUUGGCGUUAUAGCUUAUGGUGAAUGCGUAUACGCAGUUGGAGGCUUUGAUGGGGCCAACCGUCUCCGGAGUGCUGAAGCUUACAGCCCACUCACCAACACCUGGCGCACUUUACCCACUAUGUUUAAUCCGCGGAGUAAUUUUGGAAUUGAGGUGGUGGACGAUCUCUUGUUUGUUGUGGGCGGUUUCAAUGGUUUCACGACGACGUUCAACGUAGAGUGUUAUGAUGAGAAGACAGAUGAAUGGUACGAUGCUCAUGACAUGAGCAUCUACCGCAGUGCCCUGAGUUGCUGUGUUGUGCCAGGACUACCUAACGUUAGAGAAUAUGCAGCGCCCAGAGACAGUCUGCUGGGAUUACUGUCCCGUGAGGAACAAAUAAAAUACUCUGCCUCUACCAGUCUCUUAGCGGUAUGAUCUCUGCACUAAAAACCCGAUUACUCGUUUGCUGUUACCAAUAAAAUAUUUUCCUGAAGAAUCAACAGUGUAAUAACCAUAAAGAAAACUUAUUUUUAAAUAAAAUUUUAAGCAGUGUGAAGAUUGGUCUGCAUAUGUUCAUUGGUUAUUGUGACAACGAAGCUCAAAAGACCCUUGUGACACAGUGGGAAGAACAUCAUUUCGAAAAAAAAAGAGGCACCUUUGUUCCAGUGGUUAAGCAACAAUCAGCAAAUUAUCUUUAACGUCGCAUAUACACCAAGAAAAGCGAGCCCACCUCUUGGCUACUCCACCUGACAUAGAAGAGUCAAGAAAGUGAUUCCCCAAGGACAAUGUCCCACGCUGCGAGGGAAGACAGGUGGAAUUUGGGCUCUUGCAUUGUGAAAGGUAUCGGAGAAGUGAUGUGGCUUGAAAUUUUGAAGAUGGGUAAAGAAAUAGAAUUUACAUUUUAAAUUAAAAUUCAGGAACAAAACAUCAGGACAGCAAUCAGCAAGUUCUUCAUUAAGAGUGAUCAAUGCCUUGAAAUGAAUAUAAUAACGAAAGAAGUCCAGCAUUUUGUAAUAUCUUCCCAGGACACUGGACUAUAUUGAUGGGAGCAAAUUGAGUUGAUGGAUUAUGAUCAUAAGCAUACUGGUAAAAAAAUGAAGUUUUAGUGGACUACAAACGUUGAAAAUUCCUAGAAGACAGUCCCAGAGAGCUUGCAACAGCUAAAUGCACCAAUCUGAGUUGAGCUUGAGUAAUUUUGGGAAAUCCACAAAACCUAUCAAUACCAGGAAAAAAAAUCAACUGAAGAAGCCAAAGGACGGCUGGUACAGUAAAGAGAUAUACAUGGCAGAAACUUCUGCUUCGAGAUUGUGAGCUGGAAGCAAAAGGGCAUUUAAUCAGUCAGGGUAAUGCCAUACUUAAGUCACAUUUGCCAUCUUCUCACAUCCACUAGAAUUAGUUCUGAGGUGGAAAGCUUACUGUUGACCUGUCUGUACACCCAUUCAGGCCCUUAUAUGGGCAUCCAGGACUCUGAAUGGCCUUGGCUUGUCAUUGCUGGGAUUAACCUGGUGGAUCCAAGUGGUGACCCAAGUGGAUCUUUCACUAUUUUGGGAGGGGUUGCAGAGGCAUGUAUAUUGUUGCGCAGUCGCUUUGAUUGAGAGACCUUCCAAACCAUUCAUCUAAGGCAGUGUCUGGGAGCUCUCUGAGAAUUCUUCUGUAAGCAGCCACUGCAUCCUCCAUGGUCCUGCUCUGUGGAAGAGCUGCUGGCACUUUGAUUGGCCAGGAACUCUUGUUGUGUAGGACAUCCAAUCCCAGUGUUGCAUAAGCAGCUGCCUUGCCAAUGUCCAAUUGAUGUAUAUAUUGACAGACCUUGCCUGGAAGCAGCGACACAUGUCUCUCACCCGCUCUGCAGCAGCAUGGUAGUUUAAAAGAAAGCUUACAAAGAUUAGAAGUCAUGCAAAGAAAUUUUCAGAUUCAUUUCUAGAGGUGUGAGGCUACCCACUUUGACAAGAGUAGACAAGCAGAAUAUGAUUUAAAUUGAGACCACAAAUGCUGCAGUUUGUGGGAUCUAGGUGUCCUUGUAUGAUACACAAAAAUGUAUCAGUCAAAUAAUUCAAAAGAGAAAUGGCAUAUUGGCAUUUAUUGCAAGGGGAAUCGAGUUUUAAAGUAGGUAAGUUUUUCCAUGGAAUCUCAGAGACUUGUACAGUUUUGGUCUUCUUAAGAAGGGUAUUACUUGCAUUUAAAACAUUUCAUAGAAGGUUGACUAGGUUAAUUCUACGAAUGAAGAGAUUGUCUCAUUAGGAAAUGGUAAACAGGUUGGGCAUAUACUCAUUAUGCAGUUUAGAAGCUGUAGAGUUGACCCUACUGAAACAAUGAAUUCUGAGAGGACUUGAGGUAAUGAAUGCUGAGAGGGUGUUUCCUCCUGUGGGAAAAUCCAGAAUUAUAGGACAUGAUUUAAAAAUAAGAGCUGUCCCAUUUAUGCCAGAGUUGAGGAAGAAUUUCAUCUCUAGCAGAAUCCUUAGUCUUCGAAAUUACCUUCCACACAGAAAUGUGAACACUAGGUAUAUGGAAUAUAUUCAAGACUGAGAUACAGAAUGGUGAUCUAUAAGUGUUACAGGAGCAAGCAGAAAAAUGAAUCUGCACCAUUAGUAGUGCAGGUUCAAUGAGCCAAAUUAUAUAUUCCUUUUUUUGAUCUUACAACUGAUGGUUUAAGCUGAAUUUAAAAAUAUUUAAAAUUUCAUGAUUUACUUUUGUUUUCGCACUGUUAUUGAAGUCUGAAAAGUGAUUUGUACUCCUCAAAGGUUAGAAGGCAAAAUAAAACCAAAACAGGCUAUGAUGACAGUAAUCAGGUUCUUGGACUAGUCAUCAAAAGGCAGCAGGCUCAAAUCCCACCAUGGCAUCUAGUGAAUUUUAAAAAACGUAUCCACAAUA